AAACAUCAGAAGUUCUAAGAGGGAAACAAAGCAAAGGAGGCUCUCAUGGAAACAGAAGCUGCCACUGGUCGGCGUGUGUAUAAAGAUUUCGCCCCUUCAUACAAAUGGGUUCGAGAGGAAGGAACCGAUACAUUCGUCAUCGAUCUCCCAGAAUUUAACAAAGAGCAAGUCAGGGUUGAAUUAGACUACUCCGGAAAACUGAGUGUUAGUGGGGAGCGCCCUCUUGGAGACAAGCGAUGGAGUCGAUUUGACAAUGUCUUCCAAGUCCCAAAGGAAAGCAACGAGUUCCAAGCUAGGUUUGAGAAUGGGCGUCUCCAUGUGAAAAUAUUACCGAAGUCCGCCGAGCGAAAGGAGGCUCUCAUCGAAACAGGAGUUGCCACUAGUCGGCUUGUGUAUAAAGAUUUCGCCCCUUCAUCCAAAUGGGUUCGAGAGGAAGGAACCGAUACACUCAUCAUCGAUCUCCCAGAAUUUAACAAAGAGCAAGUCAGGGUUGAAUUAGACUACUCCGGAAAACUGAGUGUUAGUGGGGAGCGCCCUCUUGGAGACAACCGAUGGAUUCGAUUUGACAAUGUCUUCCAAGUCCCAAAGGAAAGCAACGAGUUCCAAGCUAGGUUUGAGAAUGGGCGUCUCCAUGUGAAAAUAUUACCCAAGUCCACCGAGCGAAAGGAGGCUCUCAUGGAAACAGGAGCUGCCAUUAGUCGGCUUGUGUAUAAAGAUUUCGCCCCUUCAUCCAAAUGGGUUCGAGAGGAAGGAACCGAUACACUCGUCAUCAAUCUCCCAGAAUUUAACAAAGAGCAAGUCAGGGUUGAAUUAGACUACUCCGGAAAACUGAAUGUUAGUGGGGAGCGCCCUCUUGGAGACAACCGAUGGAGUCGAUUUGACAAUGUCUUCCAAGUUCCAAAGGAAAGCAACGAGUUCCAAGCUAGGUUUGAGAAUGGGCGUCUCCAUGUGAAAAUAUUUCUGAAGUCCGCCGAGGGAAAGGAGGCUCUCAUGGAAACAGGAGAUGCCACUGGUCGGCGUGUGUAUAAAGAUUUUGCCCCUUCAUCCAAAUGGGUUCGAGAGGAAGGAACCGAUACAGUCGUCAUCGAUCUCCCAGAAUUUAACAAAGAGCAAGUCAGGGUUGAAUUAGAUUACUCUGGAAAACUGAGUAUUAGUGGGGAGCGCCAUCUUGGAGACAACCGAUGGAGUCGAUUUGACAAUGUCUUCCAAGUCCCAAAGGAAAGCAACGAGUUCCAAGCUAGGUUUGAAAAUGGGCGUCUCUAUGUGAAAAUAUUACCAAAGUCCACCGAGCGAAAGCAGCUCCUAGUUAAUGUAAUUGUGGCCGUUGUGGUCUUGAUUGUGGUGGCAUUGUUUGUGACCUCUAAGAACUAGCCUUUGCAUAUUUCCCUUGGGAAAUUGGUGGCAGCUGUGAUUCAUCAAUUGUAUAGGAUAUGUAAAAAGAGAAUAAGGCAAGGAAUCGUUACCAUUCUUUCUA